AUGACAAGCCAGAAUUUGACCGCGGAAGGCGCCGACAAGCACGCGAGAAACAACAGCAGCGAGGACGCAGGCGCAGGGGGCCGCUCGUCAUGGCACAUCCUCUCCCCUUUUUCAUCCUCGGCCCUCGCCUCUCUUCCGACGGGCACCCAGAGGCCGCAGCGCUACACCAGAGAGGACGGCAUCCCCGAAGUCGACGACAAUGGCCACGCGCCGUCCACGGCCGUCCGCGACUACCACUCGAUCAAUCCUGCUGUCCAAAUCAGAGUCCCAAAGAAGAUCCCGACGAGCAUCAAGGUCGAGGGCAAAGUCUGGUUCGCUAAUGAGAGAACCUGGAUCUCGUGGCUGAACCUUGCCGUACUCCUCGGCACGCUGUCUCUUGCUCUCUUCAACGCCUCCGACGAACCCGUUGCUCGCAACUUUGCAUACGUUUACGCUCUCAUUAGCAUUGGGGUCCUGAUAUAUGGCUACCUCCUCUAUCAACGUCGUAUCACCAUGAUUCGCAAGCGGGAUCCUGGGCACUAUGAUCAAAUUCUCGGCCCUGUCAUAGUCAGUGCCCUUCUGUUUUUCGCAGUUUUGGCGAAUUUUAUCGUUCGAGGUGCGUAG